AUGACCGUGGCCAUCACUGGUAAGGGCAGCGGCGCAAUUUUCCUGACUCAGUCAGUUCAUAACGACGUGUUGCCGCCGGUGUACAAGGACUUGAAUUUCCUCGUGAACCCGUUUCCUGGGAUCAAGUUAUUUUGUCCUUUCCUUCCCGCAGGCGCGACAGGUCUUGUGGGAAGCCGCUUGGUCGCUAAGUUGGCCGCUGCGGGGCACAAGGUUCGGGUGCUCACUCGCAACCCCGCCUCUGCGCGGUCCAAAUUAAGCUACCCUGGUUUGGAGUUCUUCGGGCCCUCCGAGUGGCGCCGGGGAGUGGAGGGCGCCACGGGUGUUGUCAACCUGGCUGGGGAGCCCAUUGCGACACGGUGGACCGAGGAUCUGAAGCGGAGCAUCAAGUCGUCGCGAGUAGGGGCCACCACCGCCGUUGUGGACGCGAUCAAGGCGACCCCCGCGGACAAGCGCCCUGACGUGUUAGUGUCCGCAUCAGCUGUCGGGUUUUACGGUAUCAGCUCUACUGCCACGUACACAGAAGACAGUCCGUCCGGCAAUGACUACCUUGCUGAGGUGUGUCGUGUUUGGGAGGCAGCCGCUCAGAACGCUGCGGCCGCCGGGGUGCGUGUCGCCAUUCUGAGGUUUGGAAUUGUACUCGCGCCCGAGGGUGGCGCACUGGGCAAGAUGCUCCCAGUGUUCCAGAUCUUCGCAGGUGGACCUCUGGGAAGUGGGAAACAAUGGAUGAGCUGGAUCCAUCGAGAUGAUGUGGUGGAUCUAAUUAUUGAGGCCCUGUCCAAGCCAGCGUACUCGGGUAUUUUUAACGCCACAGCUCCGAAACCUGUACGGAUGAGCGAACUUUGUUCCGUACUAGGCAACAUCCUUGGCCGCCCCAGCUGGUUGCCUGUUCCGGACUUUGCGUUGAUGACCCUCCUUGGCGAGGGCGCCAGUGUGGUGCUUGAGGGACAACGCGUCAUGCCCGCGCGUACUCAGGCGGUUGGUUACCGUUUCAAGUACCCUGACUUGUCGGACGCACUGCGCAAUCUGGUGCGCAGCAACUAA